GCAGCACCAUCAGCUGUACUUCAAACUCGCACACACUGUCCUUUCACGGUACCCGUAGUUGACCUGCUGUACACCUUGAAGUGCAGUCUGUAGGCAGUAACUGGUAUAAACAACUAUUCCUUUUUAAACAAAUGUGUGUCUUGAACUUAUGUGACAGCUGUUUUGGAGUAUCGAAGCGACAAACGACCUCAGUGGUCAGUGACGAGGAAAAACAGCAUCGCUAGCUAAGGAAACAAGUCAAAACUGAUGUACUUGUGGGACUCGAGAUGUUUACAACGUGGUUAAGAACUUUGCGAAGUUUUCGCCGCCUCUCUCCGGACACACUUGUAGUAAAGUCGUUUGGUCCUGAGGUUAGAAGAAACAACAAUGUUUGUCCCGCAGUGCUGACAGCGUGGAGGCUUGGAGGUACCAGAGAUGUGAAUACCUCCUGUACACUGUGCGCCAAAGUCCGAGGAAGCCAGAAGAAGAGUGACAUCUCUGAGAAGAAACUGGUAUGUAAAGGAGCAGCAGGCCCAGAAUGACUUCAUUACUAAAAUCCAUGUUUUAGUAUUAUUUAUCAUUGACAGAGCUAUGUUAGCCACAUUAGAAGCUGCUCCACAAAUGGUACAGUGCUUGUAGAUCAUCCUGAAAACUGAAGAUCUAUCCUAACAUGUUCUUGUCUAUGACCUGGAAGCUGUCAGUGUUAAUAAUUGCUUUUCUUUGGCCCACAGACCCGUCACUUUAUAGACCAUCGCCGUGUAAGGCUUGUGGCAGGAUCAGGUGGUAAAGGAGCCAGCAGCUUCCACAGUGAGCCGCGGAAAGAGUUUGGUGGACCAGAUGGAGGCAAUGGAGGGGAUGGAGGAAGCAUCAUUAUAAAGGGUAAGAUUAGAGUGGGUAAAGUGGGCUACAUUUGAUCUGUUUUAUAUGGAGGGCAGAGUGGGGUAAGUUGAGCCAAAGGGUAAGUUGAGACAUCCCCUAUUGCUUGGAAAUGGUAAAAGAAAUUGAUCAUGUUACCAAAUAUUUAGGAGAUGGGCAUCAAUUCAUGGAGUCUGUGAAGGUUAGAAGUACAUGGGUGAAGGGGUUAGACAUUUAUUUACCAAAAAAAAACCAAACAUUUUUCACUCCUGUGAAUCAAGUCUGUAAUAAGUUUUAUUAGAAUUGUGUUCAGACCAAAAAAGAUCAUUUUAAAUUUGUUUUACACAUCAAUUGUGGUAUCUAUGAGCUACAACAUGAGGUCAAAAACCUAGCAUAAAAGUCCACCAUUUUAGCUGAGAGGACUAAUAAAGUCAUAAUUGUAGUUCAGGGGUAAGUUGAGCCAGUGGUUCAACUGGGAAAGUAAGUCUGAAGAGAGUCAACAUGUGGGGCGUCACAUCCUGAAAUUUGCAGACGACUCCGUAAUCGUGUCCUUGCUAAGCGGUGAUGACACUGCCCAUGGUUCUGUUGUUAAGGAAUUCACGACUGGUGCUCCGCAUCCUUUAUGCCCAUCAAUGUGACCAAAACCAAAGAAAUGCUUAUUGAUUUCCGUAAACAUUCAUCAGCUAUCCCUCCUCUGUUUUAUCGUUUUUUAAAUUUAUUUAUUGUUGUGCUAGUUGUCUUAUGUCUCAUUCUGUUGGUUUGCAGGGAUGCACAACAUCUUAAAAUAUAUGUGGAUAAACAAGUUUUAUUCAUUUAUUUAUUUGGAUCCCCAUUAGCUACUACCUUGGUAGCAGCUACUCUUCCUGGGGUCCACAAGAAGACAUUAAACAUUAAUGUACAUUAAAAUGAUAAAAGUCCAAACAGGAGAAUUAUACAAGAUGUUAAAAUGACAACUAAAACAAGAAUUAUAGUGACAUUACAUUUCAAAUUACAACAAACACCAAUAAAGGCCAAGUUAAAUGUACAAGUAAUGAAAAUCCCCUUUGCAUGUAUUGUAUGUUGUCACAGCCUAGUCUAGGUGUUCUGUUUCUUUUUAUUUCAGUGAGUCUGAGUCAUUAGUUAUUGGUAUACCUCCUUUUUAAACACAUGUUUACUGGUUAACCUUGUAAUAACAGAAGGAGGACUAUCCCAUAUUUUCAUACCUCUGAACAUGACAGUACGCUGUCCAGAGUUAGUAUUGGUGAGUGGAAGUGUGAAAUAACCCUUUGAUGCAUGCCUUGUGUUGAAAUUAUGACCAUUAUGACUGAACUAGCAAUUAGCUAGUUAGAGACAAAACUAUGAUUGACUUGAUGUAGUGAUCUGAAAUAUGAAAAAUGGCUUAUCUUACCCCACUCUCCCCUAUAUUGGACAUCUUUCCCAUGUCAUUGUUGGACAGCUUGCUUUAAAACAUUUUUCUCAUUUGUGUGCGUUCAGCUGACCGGUUUGUCAAAUCAUUGGCGAAAGUAGUUCCAGUUUACAAGGGAGAGGACGGGCAACGAGGAAGUAGCAAGAACUGUUACGGCAAGAAUGGCAAUCCAACCUAUAUUCGUGUAAGACUGUGAUCAUAAAUGAGAAGAAAUUGAUAAACAUAUUUCUGUGAAACACCUGCUGCCUAGCCUAACUUUCGCAUGUUUCCAUGAUGAAGGUACCACUGGGCACUGUGGUGAAGGAACAGGGAAACUCAGUUGUUGAUCUUUCUGAGCAUGGCCAGGAGUAUCUGGCUGUAUUUGGAGGGGCCGGUGGGAAGGGCAACAGAUUCUUUUUGUCCAAUGAGAAUCGUGCCCCCAUGACUGCAACCCCAGGAACAGAGGGCCAGGAGAGGGUCCUUCAGUUUGAGCUCCGUACCAUGGCCCAUGCUGGAUUGGUAGGAAAAAUCAGCCUGUGUUUUUGAACAGCAAUGUUAUGUAUGAUGUGAUUACUCGAACCUUUGCUCCAUUAGGUUGGGUUUCCAAAUGCUGGGAAAUCAUCAUUGUUGAGAGCCAUCUCAAAUGCCAGGCCUGCCGUUGCUGCAUACCCUUUUACAACACUCAACCCACAUGUAGGGAUUGUCCAGUACAGGGAUCAUGAGCAAGUUGCAGGUAGCUGAUUUUAAGCAAACCCUUUGACAACAUAAUCAAGUUGUGACUGGAUCUAACUUGGACUUAAUGUUUUGAAUUUGUUCCUCUUUUGGUAGUCGCUGAUAUCCCAGGCAUCAUCAGAGGAGCCCAUCUGAACAGAGGUCUUGGCAUCUCCUUUCUGCGUCACAUAGAACGCUGUCGUUGUCUCCUUUUUGUUCUGGAUCUGUCGUCUCCUGAACCCUGGACCCAGCUCCAGCACUUGUGUUAUGAACUGGACCAAUAUGAAGCCGGUCUCUCCCAGCGGCCACAGGCCAUUAUAGCUAACAAAAUGGACCUACCUGAGGCUAAGGAGAAACUAAAGACUCUCAAGAGCCUUGUCACCCAGCGGGUCAUCCCUGUGUCAGCGCUCACAGGGCAGAAUACAGAGGAGCUGAUCCUCCACCUCAGGGAGCUCUACGAUGGCAACAUCCAAGAGGAAGGUGACUCCACCAGAUGGUAGUGAAAUUUGUUCCUCAUGUUCUGUAGGUAUAUAAAUUAUUUAAAUGCACACUAGAUGUUAAAAAUGUAUUUGAAUUCUUAAUAAAUACAAAACUAAAAGAAUGUAUACCUUCAUAUAUGUGUGGCUGAAUUGUUUUACCAUUUCCAAGCAACAGGGGGCGGCUCAACUUACCCUUUGGCUCAACUUACCCCUCUCUCCCCAAUAUCAAGUGUUUGUAUGUUCUUGAAUUGAAAAGUUCAAGAAUAAACCACCUGUUGUUCCA